AUUAUGUUUCAUAAGAAGAAAGGAUAUUUGUCGUGAUAUCCUAUGUUUAUUUGCUAUUGUAUUGUAAUUUGAUAUUAAAAAUGUUUUUUAUAAUAAUUUGACUGCGUGAGAACAGGGGCGAAAUGAACGUAAAGGCUACACACAAUGAUUUGCUCGUUUGUUUCAGUGAACGAUUUGAUUCAUUUCCACCGACCAAAGAGCUCAGGGAGUUAUACUGAACCAAAUGGCUCGCGUUGUUUGUUAGCAAGCGAAUUGUGAGCAGCAAAUCAUUGUUCCUCGAUAGCUGUUGAGCUAGCCAGUCUGCUAACGUUUCGCAUUUGUGUUAGCUACAGACAGAAGCAAUGCCCAGUCUCCACACCAUGAAACUGGUUCGCCUCCUGUGUCGUCACAAGACGGCUCUGGCAAUUGCAGGAGUCUGCCUAUUUGCUGUUGUCGUCCUCUUCCUCGCCAAGUGUACCUCCGAGACCCUGAAACAGGGCCAGGUUGACCCUCCAGGCCUAGCACCCCACGCUGCCCACUCCCGGCCCAGAGCAGAGCAUCCCAAGCCCCCCUCACGCCCCAAAGACCUCUCAGCCUUCCUUGUGGUCCUCAUCACCACAGGACCCAAGUACACAGAGCGGCGGAGCAUUAUCCGCAGCACAUGGCUGACUAAGACGGACCCGGAGGUUCUAGCUAUGUUUGUGGUGGGAACAGAGGGUCUACCGGCCGAGGAUAUGCAGAACCUCAACACAGAGCAGGGCCGACACAAAGACCUGCUCUUACUCCCCGAGCUGCGGGACUCGUAUGAGAACCUGACCCUGAAGCUGCUGCACAUGUACUCUUGGCUGGAUCACAAUGUAAACUUUAAGUUUGUUUUAAAAGCAGAUGACGACACCUUCGCUCGCCUGGACCUGCUGAAGGAGGAGCUGAAGACUAAAGAACCCAGCCGGCUGUACUGGGGGUUCUUCUCAGGCUGCGGUCGUGUCAAAACUGCAGAGAAGUGGAGGGAGUCGGCUUGGGAGCUGUGUGACUACUACCUACCCUACGCCCUGGGUGGAGGCUAUCUGCUCUCCUGCGACCUAAUCCACUACGUGCGCAUCAACGCUGCCUUCCUCAAUGUGUGGCAGAGCGAGGACGUGUCGCUCGGGGCUUGGCUGGCCCCCGUGGACGUCAAACGGACGCACGAUCCACGCUUCGACACAGAGUUCAAGUCAAGGGGCUGUAGUAAUAAGUACCUGGUGACCCACAAGCAGAGCCUAGAGGAUAUGUUAGAGAAACAGCAGACGCUGGAGAGAGAUGGGAGGUUGUGUAAAGAAGAGGUUAAACUCAGACUGAGUUAUGUAUACGACUGGAGCGUCCCGCCAUCCCAGUGCUGCCAGAGGAAGGAUGGAGUACCCUGAUAACCCCUGACCAUCCUCUCCAAUUUUUCCCCAGGCAGUAUGGUGUUCUUGCUCUGCCGUCGUCCUCCACCUCCCCUCUUGUUCUGUUGCCCCUCCUCAACUAAAACAUUUGUUGCCUUCAGUUGACAUCCAUAGAAGGUGUCUGUUAUGGCAGCCCGCCUAUGAAAAUACCUGAGGAAAACACUGUUCCCUUUUUAUAUGUUUACUUGUUUAUUUAUUCUGGAGCCCUCACGGACUAAACUGAAGCAAAAUGGUACCACAGAAUGGGACAGGAGUCUAUGUAUUUAUUAUUAACAGCAUGUUGGGAGUGAGUGUACUUAAAGGAACUGGUAUUCAGCUUACUGGUAGGACAAUAAAGAGACCCAAGAUUGUU